AUGACUGAUUCACUUGCAGAUUACAACCGUGCAAAAACCAUGUUGGCUCGUACUGAAGCAAUCGUGAAUACGUUCUUGAAACAUGGAUACAAAGGAAACACGUGCGAUUUCCCGCAUCGCUUGGACUCGAAUUCGUUUGCGAAAAUUCUGAACGACAUCGACACGUUCAUCUUCGACGCUGAUGGAGUGCUCUAUCUCGGUGAUACACCCAUUCAAGGCUCUUCGAAAUUUUUGGAUUUCCUUCGCCAACAAGUAAUUCAAAACGCUCUUCUUCAGCCGCUUUUAAUUCCAUCCAAACUGAACGCUAAGUUGAAAAACGCUCAUCUUAUUUGA